AAUGUAUGUUGUCUUUCUUUGAAAGAAAGACAACGGCUGUUCUAUUACUGUGUUAACUAUCGUUCGCAGUUGUAAGAGUAAAUAACAGCAACGUAGUUUUCUCUGGCUUCGGCAACUUGAUCGACAUGGACAGUGAAGUGUCAGACUUCGAUCAGCCGAUGGGGAUCGAGAGCAGUUUGGAGGGGGAAAACGGAGAGAAUGCCCCGGUGUACUGCAUCUGCCGAAAACCGGACAUCAACUGUUUCAUGAUAGGUUGUGACAACUGUAACGAGUGGUUUCAUGGCGACUGCAUCAAUGUGACGGAGAAGAUGGCCAAAGCAAUCCGGGAGUGGUAUUGUGAGAAGUGUCGGAGGAAAGACGACUCUCUGGAGAUCAAGUACCGUCCCAAGAAGACUCGUGAGAAGGAGACAGAACAGGAGAGGCUGGAGAAGCAACGAGGCACGCCUGACUUCAAGACCGACCGGCGCCGCGGAUCACGGAUCAAGCGCUCGGCCCGCAUGUGUGGGGAGUGCGAGCCCUGCCGGCGCACAGAGGACUGCGCCCAGUGCGACUUCUGCAAGGACAUGAAGAAGUUCGGGGGCCCCAACAAGAUCCGGCAGAAGUGCCGUCUGAGGCAGUGCGAAGUGCGGGCCAGGAAGAUGCUGCGUGUGCGGGAUGAGGAGUUCUCCAUGAUGAAGGAGCAGGACUCUCUGCAGAGGGACGGGCAGCUUUCUGACGAUUACGACGAGCAGGAAAUGGAGCUGUACCAUCAGUACAGGGCGGCGGGAUACGAUGACCACAACAUGCCGUGGCUCAGCGAUGAGGAAGACGGGCCCUUCCUCGAUCCUGUCCUGCGCAAGAGAGCCGUCAAGGUCAAACACGUGAAGAGGCGGGAGAAGAAAUCGGAGAAGAAGAAGGAGGAGUACAAGUCGCGGCGGCACAAGCAGAAGCAGAAGCACCGGGACCGGGUGAAGCACAGUGAACGCGGGGAGGGCCGGGACAGCGUGGGGCUCCGGCAGUGCCUGGGGCCCAGCUGCGUGGAGGCGGCGCGGCCCAACUCCAAGUACUGUUCCGAGGACUGCGGCAUGAAGCUGGCUGCCAACCGCAUCUACGAGAUCCUGCCACAGCGCAUCCAGCAGUGGCAGCAGAGCCCCUGCAUCGCGGAGGAGCAGGGAAAGAAGCUUCUGGAAAGGAUCCGCCGGGAGCAGCAGUCCGCCCGCAUGCGCCUCACCGAGAUGGAGAGGCGCUUCCACGAGCUGGAGAGCAUCAUCAUCAAGGCCAAGCAGCAGGUGGUGCAGCAGGACGAGGAGGUAAACGAGGGGGACAGCGACGACACCGACCUACAGAUCUUCUGCGUCUCCUGCAGUCACCCCAUCAACCCCAAAGUGGCAUUGAGACACAUGGAGAGAUGCUACGCCAAGUAUGAGAGCCAGACAUCCUUUGGUUCCAUGUAUCCCACACGCAUUGAAGGUGCUACCAGGCUGUUCUGCGAUGUGUAUAACCCUCAGAGCAAGACCUACUGCAAGAGGCUGCAGGUCUUGUGUCCGGAGCACUCGAGAGACCCCAAGGUGCCAGCAGAUGAGGUUUGUGGAUGCCCCCUGGUACGGGACGUUUUUGAGCCCACCGGAGAGUUCUGCAGGGUGUCGAAGCGCAAGUGUAACAAGCACUACUGCUGGGAGAAGCUGAGGAGAGCUGAGGUGGACCUGGAGCGAGUCAGAGUGUGGUACAAGCUGGACGAGCUGUUCGAACAGGAGCGCAACGUGCGCACGGCCAUGACGAACCGUGCCGGCCUGCUGGCCCUCAUGCUGCACCAGACCAUCCAGCAUGACCCCCUCACCACCGACCUCCGCAGCAGCAAGGACAGAUAAUCGCUCGGGUCUCUGUUUGCAGGUCUACUCGUGGUCAAUAAUAUAUAGUUAUUAUUAGUACCCGCUCAUUUGGCUCACCAAAGUCCUGUUUUGUACCCAGUGUACGUACAGAGAACUGACUGUGGGACGGCUUUGUUGAAGAAAAUUUUUAUUCAGAUGUACUGUCUCUACUUUGAUCAAGGAACUACUCAAGAUGUUUUUACAAUUAUAUAUUGUAUGUACUCCUUC